AUGUUCGCUGUUAUCUUACCGUUUUUCUUUCUGCCUCUUACAUUUGCAGGCAAUGCGGAUAUUGAAGAAUGUGUUAAACUAGUUGGUGAUAAAAGACGACCAAUUGUGAAUUCUUGUCCAGAGGAUCCAGUUUGUUCAUCGAUAUUCGUUUAUGAUCAACAAGACCUUCCUGCUGUAUUAGCAAAUAAUUUGAGAGAGGAUCAAGACUAUAAGAUUCCCGAACUGUGCAACAAGAUUAAGGAUUUCGCAGCAAAAACAUGCCCUAGAACAUGUGCGAUGUGUUGUAAAACGAAGGAAUUUAACUGUCACGAUGUCAGUCCCGAUGCAUGCCGAAGGUUGGAUAGAAAUAUUUGCUUAACUGUACCUAGCGUAGCACUAUCGAUGUGCCCAUUUACAUGUGGCCUUUGUCACAGACCAGGUGCUGCUGGAAUGUGUCCAGAUGAAAACGAAAAUUGUGCGGCUAUUUUCUAUUUGGACCCUACAUGCAGUACGGAUUUCAUGAAGAGAUCUUGCAAGAAGACAUGUAGACUAACGGAUUGCUUACCAGUAUCUGCGAGCGAUGUGGAUGUCGAAGAAUGUGUUAAACUAGUUGGAAUAGUUGGUGAUAAAAAACGACCAACUGUGAAUUCUUGUCCAGAGGAUCCAGUUUGUUCAUCGAUAUUCGUUUAUGAUCAACAAGACAUUGUUUUAGCAAACAAUUUGAAAGAAUGUUCGACUUGUUUCCUUUCAGUCAAUAUCGAUGCAUGCCAAAAGUUGGGUCGAAAUAUUUGUACAAUUUCACCUAGUAUAGCUUUAUCGAUAUGUCUGUGUGGUUUUUGUGAUAGACCAGGUGUCCAGAUGAAAGCGAAAAAUGUAGGGCCAUAG